CAGCUGAAUAAAGAAUGACAUUUGACUUUUCAUUUUCGACACAACUUUUUUAUAAUCACAUGUAAAGUGAAAAAUGUUUCGUAAGUGGGAUUAUUUAUAAUCAAAAAACUUAUAAUCACUUAAAAUAAAUCGUUUUAAUUGAAAAAAAAAACUAUUUUUCGCUAUAGUGAAAAUAUGCCUGUACCGGGCGGCGUUUAUCAACAGCAAGGUCCCUCCUGUGUGGACAGGAUGAAAAUGGGAUUUUUUCUAGGAUUCUGCGUUGGAAUGGCCAGUGGUGCAUUGUUUGGAGGAUUUUCCGCUCUUAGAGGCGGCCUUCGAGGUAGAGAGCUGGUAAAUACUGUAGGAAAAGUGAUGCUCCAAGGAGGCGGAUCGUUUGGGACAUUUUUGGCUAUAGGAUCUGGGUUAAGGUGUUAAGAUAUUUGGGAUACAUGUUGCACUGGCUUCACAUAAAAUGUCUCAUAUUCUUAAUUAGACUUGUAUGAAUUAAAUGUGAUUAUUUACUAUUUAUACAAUAAAUUUUUAGUACUGA